AUGUCAGCUGAUGUCGAAGAUGUGAGAGGUUCCGUGCUUGUUGGAGUUGAAGAAGUGCUACUUGCAGAAGUUUCUGUUGAGGGUGCUGCAGUUGUGCUUGUUGAGCUACUGCUAGUCAGUGUGGAAGCUGAUGUUGAAGAUGUGAGGUGUUCUGUGGUUGUUGGAGUUGAAGUGCCACUUGUGGAAGUUUCUGUUGAGGCUGCUGCAGUUGUGCUUGUUGAGCUACUGCUAGUCAGUGUGGAAGCUGAUGUCGAAGAUGUGAGGGAUUCUGUGGUUGUUGGAGUUGAAGAACUAAUAAUUGUGGAAGUUUCUGUUGAGGCUGCUGCUGUUGUGCUUGUUGAGCUACUGCUAAUCUGCGUGGAAGCUGAUGUCGAAGAUGUGAGGAGUUCUGUAGUUGUUGGAGAUGAAGAAGUGCUACUUGUGGAAGUUUCUGUUGAGGCUGCUGCAGUUGUGCUUGUUGAGCUACUGCUAGUCUGUGUGGUAGCUGAUGUCGAAGAUGUUAGGGGUUCUGUGGUUGUCGGAGUUGAAGAACUACUACUUGUGGCAGUUUCUGUUGAGGGUGUUGCUGUUGAGCUUGUUGAGCUACUGCUAGUAAGUGUGGAAGCUGAUGUUGAAGAUGUGAGGGGUUCUGUGGUUGUGGGAGAUGAAGAAGUGCUACUUGUGGAAGUUUCUGUUGAGGCUGCUGCAGUUGUGCUUGUUGAGCUACUGCUAGUCUGUGUGGUAGCUGAUGUCGAAGAUGUUAGGGGUUCUGUGGUUGUCAGAGUUGAAGAACUACUACUUGUGGCAGUUUCUGUUGAGGGUGUUGCUGUUGAGCUUGUUGAGCUACUGCUAGUAAGUGUGGAAGCUGAUGUUGAAGAUGUGAGGGGUUCUGUGGUUGUUGGAGUUGAAGAACUAAUAAUUGUGGAAGUUUCUGUUGAGGCUGCUGCAGUUGUGCUUGUUGAGCUGCUGCUAGUCUGCGUGGAAGCUGAUGUUGAAGAUGUGAGGGGUUCUGUGGACGUUGGAGAUGAAGAAGUGCUACUUGCAGAAGUUUCUCUUGAGGAUGUUGCUGUUGAGCUUGUUGAGCUACUGCUAGUCAGUGUGUAA